AUGACGUUGAUUGUCUUUGGAUUUCUUCUCUGUGUUCUUGCAUUCUCUGUGAAAAGUGAAACUCAAUGUAUAGAGUACGAUAAGAUUCGUGACCUAGUGCGUGAAGAAAUACAGAACUUUCAGGACCCAAAGAUUUUAAAAUUGGAACAUAAGGUAAUGAAAAUGACUGAGCAGCUGUAUAGACAGGAAGAACACAUUCAAAGUCAAAAGACACUUAUCGAAGAGCAGCAACGCUACAUAAAUAUUCAGGAAAUACAAAUUCAAACCCAUGAGAAACAGAUAAACGAGGCUGUUGAACAUAUUUCUAUGCUGGAAGGAAAAUCAAUCAAUGAAGCGAGACAGAAACAAUCAGAUGGGGGCUAUGAAAUAAAACCAUGGAAACAGACAGAAGCACGUGACUUUGGAAAUAUCAGCAGCCAUUCGUUUCUAGACUACGCACUACGUCAGUCGAUUAAGUCCAUAACAGAAGAGAAAACCAGAAAUAAGAAGGAAAGACAUUCUCUAACAAAACGAUUAGAAUUGAAUGAUAGCAUUGUAGCAUUUUAUGCCUAUAUGAGUAAAGACGAAUUGCAACCAGGACAAAAUCACAUACUCGUAUUUGAUGACGUCAAGACAAACGUUGGACUUGCCUUUAACAAACACAAUGGGAUGUUUACUGCUCCAGUUAAUGGCGUAUACGUUUUUAUCUGGACUGUUGUUUGUGGUAGACACAAUUUUAACUUUUCUCAGCUGGUUAUCAAUUCUAAUCCAUUCGGUGCCAUUUUAACAGACAGCGACGGGGUUGACGAUAUACAUACAGUAACCGGAAGUGUUGUAGCAGAACUAACCCAGGGAGAUGUUGUUUACAUACGUACUCACCCCACUGAUAGUAUAGAUGGAAUUAUCGUUAGUCGAGCUGAUAUGCAUACAAGUUUCAACGGAUGGAAACUGUAA